AUGGAUCCUUCACAGAUAAGAAACAUAAUCGGUCGCUUUCGAAUCCUCAUGAUAGGAAGAGCUAAUGCAGGAAAAACUACCAUCCUACAGAGAGUCUGUGACACACGAGAGAAUCCAGAAAUAUAUAACAGUGCCGGUAAAAAGAGAGGUGUUGUAUACUUCAGUAAAUGGCAACCUGAACUGACACAUUCUCAGUGCGGAUUGCACAACAUCGAGAAUGAAAUGGUGUUUAAAAGCAAUCCAGGUUUCAUUUUUCACGAUUCUUGCAGGUUCAAAGCAGGUGGUGAAUCCGAAUUCAACAAGGUUAAGGUGUUUAUUGCCAGCCGUUCUAAGGAAAGCAAAUUAAGAAAUCAACUUCACGCUAUCUGGUAUUGCAUCCCAAUGGAUGAGGUGUGUAGGCCAGUCACCAAAGGCGAGAUCAAAUUUUUCUCUCAAUGCGAUACUGGAAGACGAGGUUUGACGCGGCACUGA